CAAAGACAGAGCAGCGCGACGCGGGGGGCAACAACCCGCAGCUAACCGCGGCGACCUCGUCCGCACCGCGCCACGCGACCACACUCCACACGCCUUUCUUUUCCUUUUUCCCCCAAAAAUCCAAAGCAACCUCGCCCGAAAAGAAGAGAGAACGCGCCGCGCCGCGCCGAGCCGCGUGGGUAUAAUUGAAGGGAAGCGGUGCGCUCGCUCGCUGCAUCCAGCUCAACGCGCGGGGGAGGCGGAGCGAAUCGGCGGAUCGGUGGGUUGCGGGCUUGCACGUAGUCGAGGCUCGAGAGGAGGGGGGGAUGGCGGCGGCGGCGGCGGCGGCGGGGUACAGGGCGGAGGAGGAGUACGACUACCUGUUCAAGGUGGUGCUGAUCGGGGACAGCGGCGUGGGGAAGUCGAACCUGCUGUCGCGGUUCGCGCGGGACGAGUUCAGCCUGGAGACCAGGUCCACCAUCGGCGUCGAGUUCGCCACCAAGACCGUCCGCGUCGACGACAGGCUCGUCAAGGCCCAGAUCUGGGACACCGCCGGCCAAGAGAGGUACCGCGCCAUCACGAGCGCCUACUACCGCGGCGCGGUGGGCGCGCUGGUGGUGUACGACGUGACGCGCCGCAUCACGUUCGAGAACGCGGAGCGGUGGCUCAAGGAGCUCCGCGACCACACGGACGCCAACAUCGUCGUCAUGCUCGUGGGCAACAAGGCCGACCUGCGCCACCUCCGCGCCGUCCCCGCGGAGGACGCCAGGGCGUUCGCCGAGGCGCACGGGACCUUCUCCAUGGAGACGUCGGCGCUGGAGGCCACCAACGUGGAGGGCGCCUUCACCGAGGUGCUCGCGCAGAUCUACCGCGUCGUCAGCCGGAACGCGCUCGACAUCGGCGACGACCCCGCCGCGCCGCCCCGGGGGCGGACCAUCGACGUCAGCGCCAAGGAUGACGCCGUCACCCCCGUGAACAGCUCAGGGUGCUGCUCGUCUUGACUUUGACUCGCUCAAACUCAUCGUCGUCGAGCUAUGCAAAUUGCCACCGUUCACAGCUUUGUUUAUACCGUGUGUUUUCGUCACUGCUGAUUGAUACUACAAACUUGAGAAUUGGGAUCAAAAGGUUGCAUUUUGAAGACGUGUAUUUGUUGAUCAGAGAUA